AAAGUCCCUUCUAGGAUUCCGUACCUUACGAAAGCAAAGGUGACUAGCUUCAUAGCUAAUUUCGCAUGUUGGUGUGCUGACAUUGAGGGAAACUACGACAACCUGAGCUUGAUAUCGCCUUAAAAGAAAUAAAAGGAUCCUCAUCAUGGUGACUGCAAAGCGCCUGGCUGACAUAGGUUAUCGGGCUUUUUCUGCCUCGAUGAUGCUGCUGACAGUCUACGGUGGCUACCUGUGUGCAAUGAGAGGAUACCGCUACAUGAAAAAGCAAGAACAGCUGAAGCUGGCGGCAGAAAACCAGGACCCAGAAGUCAUCAAAGACUGACAUCAGAUGGACUGCUCUUCCCAUUUCUUCUUUUUUUUUGCCCUUUGCUGAAUCAUGAAGAUGUUUUUUAUCUUCACAGGACGUUUGUGUGAUUUCAUUGUGAGGGUGUUGCACUCUUACAGCAAAGAUGUUUUGUUUAUAAAAGAUUCUCCAGGCAAAUUAACCAAGAACACAUUAUUUGCAUCAGUGACCUAUGUCAAGUCGAUGUGAGCAGCACUGUAAAUCAGGUGAAGAUGGUUGUCAUUGUUUGUAUUAUAUUAAAUGCCGUUAACCACA